AUGCGUAACAAACAGCCUAAACAACGAUGUAAAAAUUUUAUCCACAAUGAUACAUCAAAACCACGCGCAGACUACCCUCAUCGACGUAUUACGGACGCUCAUUCAAGCAUCCAAUAUAAACUCCACACAAGGAGAAAGUGUCUUACAUUGUUUCUUAUUCGUGUCAUUGGAACUCGUGUAUCAUUCUACAAGGCUACAUUAAAUGAAAAUUUAAUUGUUAAUGUUGUAUUUCGAGAUGAUGAACCGCGCGAAAUGACACCCGUCUUAAGGUAUGCACCACCAAAUUUGUCAAAAUGUCCAUCAAAGGCAUUUCCAUCGUCGCUCAAUCUUGCUGAUCCAGAAGAUCGAAUACACAUAAUAGAAAUGCUAGAUAAAAUGCAACAAAUGUUUAUCGGAAAAUAA